AUGCUUAGACAAUUUACAAGAUUUGCAAUUGCUCGUCAAAGUGCAAGAUUUACUAGAACUUAUGCUACAAGAAAUUCCGCCACACGUAAUAAUGUUAAUACAAAAUUAGCAGCUGGUAUGAUUGUGCCAAUGGCUGUUGCCAUUGGAUACUUAUCCUGGUCUAGCUCGAUCCAGAAUGAAACAGUUUUAGGAGUGGCCGAAAGCAUUCAAGAUAAUUUCGAAGAAGGAGCUGCCGCUGCUGAAAAGCAUCAAGAAAAGUUCAAAACCGAGCAAAAGCAAUUACAAGAGCAAAAAGGCUCCGAAGAAGUUGCGGACAUUGAAAAGUUGAAAACCGAUUUGACUAAAAAAGCCGGAGCUCUUGACACCAAAGAUGUUUCAUCAGACUCAUCAACUGGCAAACAAGCCGCUGAGAAGUUGGAUGACGAUACUAGUAGACACGAAGCCAGUGAUCCUGAAAAGGUGGAAAAAACUAAGGAAAACAAAGACGCGCUUGCUGAUAAACCAGAGGCCGAAGCUUCAGAAAAGAAGGAAAAGAAGGAAAAAUUGAGUGAAAAGUCAAGCGAUUCUAAGCUGAAUGACAACAAAUCAGGAAAUCAGUCGAAUGACAGCAACAAUAACUCCUCAUCAUCAUCUGAGGAAAAUAAUUACCAAGGUGCUGCUUAUAAUCCAGAGACUGGUGAAAUCAAUUGGGAUUGCCCUUGCUUGGGUGGUAUGGCACAUGGACCAUGUGGAGAGGAGUUUAAAGAAGCAUUUUCUUGUUUUAUCUACUCAGACACUGAACCUAAAGGUAUCGACUGUAUCAAGAAGUUUGAAAACAUGAGAACUUGUUUCAAAAAGCACCCGGAACACUAUAAAGAGGAAUUGUAUGAUGAUGAUGAUAAGGAGAACAGUACUGAAAUUGUUGAGCAUGAAGUUUUGGAGACUGCUGAACCUGCUAUAAAGGAAAUUGAACAAGCCACUGAAUCGAAACCUUCAAAGUAG